CUCACAGCGUCUUCUUCCUGUGAAGGUUGGAGUCGGAAAGGUCCUUAGCCGGUCGGUUUGUUGUGGCACCAGCACCUUGUUCUGUCCUUCAGCAGGAAAAUGUACUAUAAGUUCAGCGGUUUCACCCAGAAAUUGACGGGUGCUGCUCCCACGGCGGCUUACAACCCUCAGGGGUUGAAGCUAAGCCUGCCUGCAGAGUCUCCCACCAUGAUCUUCGCCACACCCACCAAGCUGGUCUCAGAAGCAGGGUCCACAGUGGAGUAUUUGGGAACAAACAAAGUUCCUGACCUCCAGAAAUUUUUCCAGACAUCGGACGGUGUCCCUGUCCAUCUAAAGCGCGGAUAUCCAGACCGACUACUGUACCGCACCACCAUGGCUCUCACGGUCGGAGGCGUCGUCUACUGCCUGGUGGCUCUCUACAUCGCAGCUCAGCCCAAAAAGAAGUGACAAACACAAACUUGGGAUCUUGUGUUACACCACUGACUUGUUGCUGCUGCUGCAAUCACCGGGUCUCACUUCACCAAACCCUCUUCGGCCCUUUUAAAUGAGAAACCUCCCCUCUCUACUUUGGUUUUUGAAGGACAGGAAGAGCUUUACGAGCCUCUGGCGUAAUUGCUGUCACACUAACCAAAAUUAAAUGAAUACCAAUAUUGUUAUUAUUAUCACUUUGUUUUUUGUUUUUCAAAUAAUUCAGUUUUAAAGUUGGUAUCAAUUACUACUCACCACCUAUGAAAAAGAAAAAGUUUAAUAAAUGUUUUUUUAGCCUCAUCAAUAUCAGGACACAAAGCCAAUAAUGACCAUAAUGUUUGUGUUCUUUGAGAAAGAUGUCUAAGUUAAUAAAUCCUAGAAAGAAAAUGGU